UUUUAUUUCUUCAGUAUUCUUGUGAAUUUGGUGACUUGAAGGUUUCACAAUAAAAUGGAAGAUAUCAAAAGCGUUAAUCUGCCGCAAGAAAGUCAACCGGAAACCAUACAAGAAAAAGUUUUCGGUCCUUUCGAUCAGAUGUCGGAUUCAUUGGGAAACAUCAAGCAGAUGCUUGAAAAUGAAUCAAAUGAAAUGACUGCUGAUUGGUUUCUCAUCUCGUCACCAGUUACAACUGUUUCUGUGUUUAUUCUUUACGUGCUUUUCAUAAAAAUCAUUGGCCCUAAAAUCUCGAAAGGAAGAGAAUGUUCCGAUGGUAAAAUAUGCAAAUUGAUGCUGAUCUUGUACAACAUAUUUCAAAUUGUGGUGAAUUUAAGUAUACUUAGCACUCUUGUGCUAUCUGAGUGGCUUCAGAAUCAUUACAGCUCAGCCUGUCAAGAAAAUGCUGUGGCCAAUUCAAUGAUGGUCGAAGUGUUAUGGUAUUAUUAUUUAUCCAAAUUCUUUGAUCUAUUCGACAACGUUUUCUUAAUAUACGAUAGAAGAAAUGCUCAAAUCUCCAUUCUAAAUGUCCUUUACGAUGGCUUCGUUCUUCUCAGCAUUUGGCUGAUAUUGAAGAUAAUGCCUACGGGUCAUAUCUCCGUGUUCAUGUUACUUGACACAACGAGUCAUGCUUUAAUUCACAUUUUUUGUUUAUUUUCUUCUACGAAGCCUCGUUCAAGUUCAAUAAUCUUAACAUCACUGCACAUUUUGAAAACAGUUGCCAUUGUUUGUCAUGGUGUCGAGUUAGUUCUUUAUAAUCGAUGCCAUUUCCCUUUCAUUCAUGUUUGGUUUAUAGUCUCACAUGCCUUGUUCCACAUCAUCCUUAUUCGAAGUAGAUUUGGUGGAGGUCGAAGGACAAAGAUUUCGAAAAGCGAGUCUGAACCCUCGUCUAUAGCAAUGAACAGUUAUAUGAGCCCCGACGCCACAUAUGUAACAUUUAAUAACUUCGGCGUUACCCAAAAUGACGUUAAGCAGCGCUACCUAACAACAAUCAAGACGCCAGUUUGACAAAUACAUCGAAUACGAGAAGAGAAAUCGAUUUAUAAAUUGCGCUAUUUCGUGUUUAAAAAGCUAUCAAUAUCCACCACGGGAAUCUCCAAAAAAAAAAAUCUAAUUUGUAUUCAAAAGAAAUAAAUUUUCACUGAACGCUUUUUUAUUAUGAAAACA